AUGUCCUUCCCCGAACUCUCCGCCAUCUCCACCGUCAUUAACUCCAAAUCUCCCACCUGUAACCUCCUCGUCUUUGGUCUAACCCACGAAUCUCUCCUCUGGAGAUCCAUCAAUUUCAAUGGCCGUACUGUCUUCGUCGACGAGAAUCCUUACGCCGUUUCCAAAUUCGAGCAGAGUAAUCCAGGAGUUGAAGCUUACGACAUCGUUUUCUCGACCAAAGUCUCUCAAGCCGGUAAGCUUUUGGGUUAUUCUAAAACCCGACCCGAUUGUCGACCCGUUCAGAACCUAUUGUUCUCAGAUUGUAAAUUGGGGAUCAACGAUUUACCCAAUUUUGUCUAUGAGGUCGAUUGGGAUGUGAUUUUGAUUGAUGGGCCUCGUGGGUACGCCGUAGAUUCACCGGGACGAAUGGCUCCGAUUUUUACUUCGGCGGUUUUGGCGAAGAGUAAAAAUUCCGGGAAGAAGAAGACGAAGACGGAUGUUUUUGUACAUGAGUUCGGGAGAAAGAUUGAAAGAGUUUACAGUGACGAGUUUCUAUGUGAGGAGAAUCUGAUUGAGGUUGUUGGAGACUUAGGGCAUUUUGUCGUUUCGGCGGCGGAAGAAGGUGGAAAUCAGGGUAAUGGGUUUUGUCGAAAUUCGACGAAAUUGUCGGAGCCUUUAUCGCCGGUAAGUGGUGGCGAUGAAGAGGUCGGUGCUGAUGAUGACUGA